AAACCCUAAAUGAGGGCCCAGAGAUGGUCUGUUCCUCUUUCGCAGUGUGUUUGCUGCUUCUCACACUGCCGUCUGCUCUACGUUGCUCACUACCUCGCCACCAUGCCGCCCAAAUUGGACCCCUCGCAGAUUGUCGAGGUCUAUGUUCGUGUUACGGGUGGAGAGGUUGGUGCUGCGUCAUCGCUUGCGCCCAAGAUCGGUCCUUUGGGUUUGUCACCCAAGAAGGUCGGUGAGGAUAUUGCCAAGGAGACCGCUAGAGACUGGAAGGGUCUGCGAGUGACAGUCAAGCUCACUGUGCAGAAUCGUCAGGCCAAGGUUGCAGUCGUUCCCAGUGCUGCUGCCCUUGUGAUCAAGGCUCUGAAGGAGCCUGAGCGGGACAGGAAGAAGGUCAAGAACAUCAAGCACAAUGGCAACAUUUCUCUUGACGACGUGAUCGAAAUCGCCAAGAUCAUGGCCCCAAGAUCCAUGGCCAAAGAAUUGGCUGGAACUGUUAAGGAAAUCUUGGGUACUUGCGUUUCUGUAGGUUGCACAGUAGACCAGAAGGAUCCUAAGGACUUGCAGACAGAAAUCGACGACGGCGAGGUUGAGAUUUCUGCUUAAAUUUAGUUGCGGAUGGACUGUAACCCAAUUGAUAUGAAAGUUCCGUGUUGUCUUGAAUACAAGCAUCUAUAUUGAAGUCGUUCUAAAGAAGUAA